AUGGCGCACGCCGCCUCGCAGAUAAAGAAAAGGGCGGACGAGAACAUCAAUGCUGUGGAGGACGAGAAGGAGAAGAAGAAGGCGGCCAGGAAGAAGACUCGCGAAGCAAAGAGAAAGACGGAUAUAAAUGCCUGUUAUCUGCGAUCAGCUCGGGCCGGGAACCUGGAGAAAGCUUUGGACUACCUGAAAAAUGGAGUCGACAUCAACAUAUGCAAUCAGAACGGCCUGAACGCUCUUCAUCUGGCCUCAAAGGAGGGACACGUGGAGGUGGUGGCUGAACUCAUCAAGCAGGGCGCCAACGUGGACGCAGCAACCAAGAAAGGAAACACAGCGCUGCACAUAGCUUCUCUCGCCGGACAGACGGACGUGGUGAAGGAGCUGGUGACUCACGGAGCCAACGUCAAUGCACAGUCUCAGAAUGGCUUCACUCCGCUCUACAUGGCGGCGCAGGAGAACCACAUGGUCGUGGUCCAGUACUUAUUGGACCACGGCUCCAGUCAGAGCAUCGCCACCGAGGACGGGUUCACUCCCCUGGCGGUGGCGCUGCAGCAAGGCCACGACCAGGUGGUUUCCCUCCUGCUGGAGAACGACACCAAGGGGAAGGUCCGCCUCCCGGCGUUGCACAUCGCCGCACGGAAGGACGACACCAAGGCCGCCGCCCUCCUCCUCCAGACCGACCACAACGCCGACGUGGAGUCCAAGAUGAUGGUGAAUAGAACAACAGAGAGCGGCUUCACUCCUCUUCACAUCGCGGCUCACUACGGAAACAUCAACGUGGCAACGCUGCUGCUGAACAGGGGAGCAGCUGUGGACUUCAAGGCGAGGAACGACAUCACGCCGAUGCACGUGGCGUCCAAACGAGGGAACGGCAACAUGGUGCGACUGCUGCUGGAGAGGGGGGGCAAGAUAGAUGCACGGACCAAGGACGGUCUGACUCCUCUUCACUGUGGAGCUCGGAGUGGUCACGAGCAGGUGGUGGAGAUGCUGCUGGACAGAGGAGCUCCGAUACUAUCCAAGACCAAGAACGGGUUGUCUCCGCUCCACAUGGCGACGCAAGGCGACCACCUGAACUGCGUCCAGCUGCUGCUGCACCACGAGGUUCCCGUGGACGACGUGACCAACGACUACCUGACGGCGCUGCACGUAGCGGCGCACUGCGGACACUACAAGGUCGCCAAGGUCAUCGUGGACAAGAAGGCCAACCCCAACGCCAAGGCUCUGAAUGGUUUCACGCCGCUGCACAUCGCCUGUAAGAAGAACCGAGUGAAGGUGAUGGAGCUGCUUCUGAAGCAUGGAGCAUCCAUCCAGGCCGUCACAGAGUCGGGUCUGACUCCGAUCCACGUCGCUGCAUUUAUGGGACAUGAAAACAUCGUCCACCAGCUGAUCAACCACGGAGCUUCACCAAACACAAGCAAUGUGAGGGGGGAGACGGCGCUCCACAUGGCGGCGAGGGCGGGACAAUCAAACGUGGUUCGAUACCUCGUCCAGAACGGAGCUCGAGUGGACGCCAAGGCCAAGGACGACCAGACGCCGCUGCACAUCUCGAGCCGCCUCGGUAAACAGGACAUCAUCCUCCAGCUGCUCGCCAACGGGGCGCACCCGGACGCCACCACCAGCUCCGGGUACACGCCGCUGCACCUCGCCGCCCGGGAGGGACACCGGGACGUGGCCGCCACGCUGCUGGACCAGGGAGCGAGUCAGGGCGUUACCACCAAGAAAGGCUUCACUCCUUUACAUGUGGCAGCAAAGUACGGGAAGAUCGAGGUCGCAAACCUGCUGCUGCAGAAGAGCGCUCCGGCCGACGCCGCUGGGAAGAGUGGACUAACUCCACUGCAUGUGGCAGCGCACUAUGAUAACCAGAAGGUGGCGCUGCUCCUGCUCAACCAGGGAGCCUCGCCGCACGCUGCUGCGAAGAACGGUUACACGCCGCUCCACAUCGCGGCGAAGAAGAACCAGAUGGAGAUCGCCACCACGCUGCUGGAGUACGGCGCCUCCACCAACACGGUGACGCGGCAGGGCAUCACUCCUCUGCACCUCGCCGCGCAGGAAGGGAACGUGGACAUCGUGACGCUGCUGCUGGCCCGAGACGCUCCCAUCGACACGGGCAACAAGUCCGGUCUGACUCCGCUCCACCUGGCGGCCCAGGAGGAUAAAGUCAACGUGGCCGAGGUCUUAGUGAACCAGGGAGCGACUGUUGACCCUGAGACCAAGCUGGGAUACACUCCUCUUCAUGUGGCCUGUCACUAUGGCAACGUGAAGAUGGUCAACUUCCUCCUGAAAAACCAGGCGAAGGUCAACGCCAAGACCAAGAACGGUUACUCUCCUCUGCACCAGGCUGCACAGCAGGGACACACACACAUCAUCAACUUACUGCUGCAUCACGGAGCUUCGCCCAACGAGCUCACCACUAAUGGAAACAGUGCUCUGUCCAUCGCCCGGAGGCUCGGCUACAUCUCUGUGGUGGACACACUCAAAGUGGUCACAGAGGAAACUCUGACCACUCAGACGGUGACGGAGAAGCACCGGAUGAACGUUCCAGAGACGAUGAACGAGGUGUUGGACAUGUCCGACGACGAAGUCCGUAAAGCCAAUGUCCCCGAAAUGAUCACAGAGGACUAUUUAUCUGAUGUGGAAGAAGAGAUGGAUGUUGGAAAUAUCUGCAUCAACUAUUCCUGUGACGAUGCCAUGACGGGGGACACAGAUAAGUAUCUGGCCCCCCAGGACCUGCGGGAGCUGGGGGACGACUCGCUCCCUCAGGAGGGCUACAUGGGCUUCAGCGUCGGGGCCCGGUCACAGAGCCUGCGUUCCUUCAGUUCUGAUAGGUCCAACACGCUGAACCGCAGCUCCUUCACCCGGGACAGCAUGAUGAUCGAGGAGAUGCUGGCGCCCAAUAAGGAGAUGAUGCUCCGUAAGGAAAAGUCUUUCUUUCUAGAGCAUCACAACAAGCACUUGGCGGUGGCCAAGGACUUUGACAGCGAGUCUCUGAGGAGGUACAGCUGGACGGGAGACGCUCUGGACAACGUCAACCUCGUCUCCUCGCCGAUACAUUCUGGUUUUUCCUCUCCGCUCCCGCAGUACGACAGCAGGUUCCUGGUCAGCUUCAUGGUCGACGCCAGGGGCGGCUCCAUGAGAGGAAGUCGCCACAACGGCAUGCGCAUCAUCAUCCCGCCCAGGAAGUGCACGGCGCCCACCAGGAUCACGUGUCGCCUGGUGAAGAGGCACAAGCUGGCGUCGCCUCCUCCCAUGGUGGAAGGAGAAGGCCUGGCCAGCCGAUUGGUCGAGGUCGGUCCGGCCGGAGCUCAGUUCCUCGGGCCAGUGAUAGUGGAGAUCCCUCACUUUGGCUCGAUGCGGGGCCAGGAGCGAGAGCUGAUCCUGCUGCGCAGCGAGAACGGAGAAACCUGGAAGGAGCAUCUGUACGACUGUAAGAACGACGACCUCAACCAGCUGCUGAACGGGAUGGAUGAAGAACUGGACAGUGCCGAUGAGCUGGAGAGGAAGAGGAUUUGCCGCAUCGUCACUAAGGACUUCCCUCAGUACUUUGCUGUGGUGUCUCGGAUCAGACAGGAGACCAAUCACAUGGGACCAGAGGGCGGGACCCUGUGCAGCCGGAGCGUCCCAUUGGUUCAGGCCUCCUUUCCUGAGGGGGCGCUAACCAAGAAGAUCAAAGUUGGACUGCAGGCUCAACCGGUUCCCGAUGAGACUGUUAAGAAAAUCCUUGGUAACCGAGCAACCUUCAGUCCUAUCGUUACCGUGGAGCCCAGGAGACGGAAGUUCCACAAGCCCAUCACCAUGACAAUCCCAGUCCCGCCCCUCUCGGGGGAGGGGCUUUCCAAUGGCUACAAGGGAGACAGCACCCCCUGCCUUCGCCUUCUCUGCAGCAUCACAGGUGGAACGUCCCCGGCACAAUGGGAAGACAUCACCGGCACAACUCCUCUCACCUUCAUCAGUGACUGCGUCUCCUUCACCACCAAUGUUUCUGCCAGGUUCUGGUUGGCCGACUGUCACCAGAUCCCGGAGACGGUGGGUUUGGCCAUGCAGCUGUACAGGGAGCUGAUCUGCGUGCCCUACAUGGCCAAGUUCGUAGUGUUCGCUAAGAUGAAUGACCCGGUGGAGUCCAGGCUGAGGUGCUUCUGCAUGACGGACGACAAGGUGGAUAAGACCCUGGAGCAGCAGGAGAACUUUGAGGAGGUGGCCAGGAGCAAAGACAUAGAGGUUCUGGAGGGCAGGCCCAUCUACGUGGACUGCUACGGAAACUUGUCUCCUCUGACUAAGUCUGGUCAGCAGUUAGUUCUCAACUUCUACGCCUUCAAGGAGAACCGUUUGCCCUUCUGCGUCAAGGUGAGGGACCCGAGCCAGGAGCCCUGCGGUCGUCUCACUUUCCUCAAAGAGUGUAAGAGCAUAAAAGGUGUCCCGCAGACGGCCGUGUGCAACCUGAACAUCACGCUUCCUGCGGUGAAGAAGGAAAUGGAGUCAGAUGCCGAGGAUGAGACUGAAAAGCCAGAGCGACGUCAUACCUUUGCAUCUCUAGCCUUACGUAAGCGCUACAGCUAUCUGGCCGAGCCUGCACUGAAAGCUGCAGUUGAGCGAAGCGCAGCCGCAAGAACACUGCCUGCUGGUUACCCUCACAAACCUGUCUUUCCAACCAGACCUUUCCCACCGUGGUCGACUGCUCCUAUUACCGUCCCUGGUCAGACGAAGCACAUCGGACUGGGGGGUUCCCUCAGCUAUACCGAUUCAGCCUCACCAGCUGCUUCUCCAAUGAGAUCGACCUGGCCCCUCGCCUCCCCAUCACCUGCAUGCGCUGCAACUAUCAAAGCCACCCUGGGAGCUCCACCAGCACCACCUAACCUGUCAUCCCCAGUUAAAUCAUUUAGUGACAAAGUGAACUCAUCCCCCAUCAGGUCCUACAGGACUAUGCCUUCGCCCAUUAAAACCGUUGUCCAGCAGGGUCAGUACCCUGUCCAGGGAUCUGCCAGCCUCGUGUCCUCUGGAAGUCCCCAUAAGCCUGCGACAGAUCCAGCUUCUAUCAAGAACCUCGCUUCCGCUUACACAUCACGGACUUCCCCACUUCACUCAAUACCCAAUGGUUCUGUGUCAGAGAGGUCCUCAGCUCCCAUUACUGCUCCAGCAUCACCAAAGACACUUUACAACAUGUACAAUGCUAAUCUGCCUUUUAAAACUACCCAUGGCUCCACAGUUGUGCCAGAACCAGGGACAUCUAACCUUCCCUCUGUUAAAAGCAUCUCCAGCAUGUCUUCUUUGAAAACCUGUGGCGAUUCAACACUUUCAUCCCAAGGAGGGAGAUCCACCCUCUCGUCUCUCUCCUCAAAUGGGCAAACAACCAUUGCUUCCUCAGAAAUGUAUUCAGAAAUGAUGAAUGGAUCAGUUUCACCUGUUAAAUACCCUUCCUCCUCCUCCUCUACACCAUCCUCCUCCUCCUCUUCUCGUAUUCCCUCUGAGAGGAGUUGCAGUCUGCAGGAGAGGAUCCAGGCCACCACCCAUGCGGCAACGUCUGGUGUCAGUGCGGCUAUAAAUGAAGCUAUGGACACGUGCUCUGUUUCGGGUUAUGGCACUCUUAAAUCACGGUCCUCCUCACGUAGAUCUGCAACAGCAAGCUCUGCUUAUGGUUCUCUGAGAUCUGGAGCUUCUUCUUCCAACUCCACAGUUUCAUCUAAUACAGUGACUGUGCCGGUGUAUUCGUUGCUCAACAUGAUCCCAGAGACUCCUGUCAGAUCAGGGCCAGGAUCUCUCAAAAUGGCACUGCCGGAUUCCCCUCAUGCCUCCUUCCCAUCGUCCUCUUUGUCUUCAUGUCUCACCACAACAAAAAUCAAUUCCCAAUUGAAAUCCCCACCAUUUAUCACACCAGCCAUCAUCCACCCAACAGCAACUUCCAACCAGGAGAUAUUAAAAGAUGUAGCUGACAUGAAAGAGGAUCUGAUGAGAAUGACAGCUAUCUUACAGACAGACACACAGACAGCCGCCAAAACUGUUCAGACUUCACGUACUGGAACUCCAAAAGAGCCCAAGCUAGAGGAUGACGAGCCAUUUACCUUAGUGGAGAAAGUGAAAGAAGAUUUAGCAAAAGUCAGUGAGAUAUUACAGCAAGAUAUUGUGUGUGAACGUAGGACCAUUGUCAGUAGAGAGAGAGAGUCAGAGGAUGAAUGGGAGGAAUUUUCCAAAGAUGAGCUUGAUGAAGCACAAAAUAGUGCUUUCGCAGACUUUUACCCUCCAUUCGAGGAAAACACACUCCGUCUCAGGCAACACUCCAUGUCAAGCAGAGACUUAGAUUUGGCCAAAGUAGUAGAUUAUUUAACAAAUGACACAGGGGCCAACUCUGUCUCCAAAAUGAACGAAUUGAAAUGUCGGUAUGAGGAGGAGGCAAGAAGGGAAGGCGAAGAGAAACAGAAACGUGUUCUCAAGCCAUCUAUGUCCAUACAAGAGCACAAACUCAAAAUGCCUCCACCAGUCUCAGGCAUGCUACGGUCUCCCUCAGAGAAGGACCUAAGCAAACUUACAGAGUCAUAUCAAGGUUCGGAGUCUAUUUUGGAGUCUCCUGAGGACCUGUCUCACGAGCAAGAUAAGAGUCCCCUGUCAGACAGUGGGUUUGAGACGAGGAGUGAAAAGACACCCUCCGCUCCUCAGAGCGCAGAGAGCACUGGACCAAAGCCUUUAUUCACAGACUCCCCUAUCCCUCCCUGUGUCACUGAGACCAGGACCGAGGUGGUCCACAUCAGGAGCUAUGAGCAUCCUGAUGAUCCUUUUGAGCCUCUACUCAUGGAGGAGGCUGCAUAUGCCCCCCCUUCUUUAGCUCUAGAUGCAGCUUCAUCAAACUGCACCAAAGCCUUACAGUUGAAAAUACCAGAGGAGGACUCCAUGAUGAACAAAAGCAUGUGUCUCAAAGAGGAAACUCAUAUUACUACUACCACUAGAAUGGUCUAUCACAAGCCCCAACUGACCGAUGCUGCUGAGAUGAUAGAGGAAGGUAUGUCGGUCAGAGAUAUCAUGAAAGCUUUCCAGUCAGGGAGGGACCCAUCUAAAGAGCUGGCCGGGCUUUUUGAACACAAGGCUAGUCAGGAUUCUGUCAAGGGCGAUGAGUUGACUCCCAGAUUUCUAGACAGAGACAGUAAAUCUAAACCAAAAGUGGAAAGAAUAAUUGAGGUUCAUAUUGAAAAGGGCCACAGCACAGCCGAGCCGACUGAGGUUAUUUUUAGGGAAACUAAAAAACACCCGGAGCUUUAUGUCUACAAAGGGGAUCGUGGAAUUAAGGAACUUGGUGAUUACGAUGAGGUCCAACAGGAAGAAGAGGAGCUUACUGCCGAAGAAUCCCUGCCGACUUUUCUGGAAACAUCCAGAGUUAACACCCCGGUGUCACACGAGGAAGACAGUCGUCCAAGCUCCGCUCAGCUGAUGGCAGAUGAUUCUUAUAAAGCCCUUAAACUAUUGAGUCAGCAAUCCAUAGAAUACUGUGAUGAUGAGCUGUCAGAGAUCAGAGGAGAGUCAUAUAAGUAUGCAGAGAAAAUGCUUCUGUCAGAAAAACUUGAUGCGUCUUCCCUGUCUCACUCUGACACAGAGGAUACAACAGGGAUGACUGACAGAAACCACCAAUUUAUUUCAGAAGAGAUUGGUAGCCAUAGCUCUAAUAGCAUGAGUCAGCAGCGAGGAAGCCCCAAAAGAGAGUUUGUCUCUAAGUCAUCAAAAGAUGGGUCGGCUAAAUCUGGAAAAUUCGUGCACAGGGAUGACCCAUCUCAGUUUGACAAGGUGACAGUGCUUCAUUACUCCACAGAACCGGGUAGCCCCAAGCAUGCAGUGUGGAUGAGAUUUACUGAGGAUAAACAUGACAGAAGCAGGGAUAAGCUCCUUUAUGAGGAUAGGGUCGACCAAACUGUUAAGGAAGCUGAAGAAAAACUCAGUGAGGUAUCACAGUUCUUCCGAGACAAAACUGAGAAGCUCAACGAUGAGUUGCAGUCCCCUGAGAAAAAGCCUGUGAGACGGGAGAUAAAGGAGAACAGAUCUUGGCCUAGUUCAGCCUGCGGUAGCCCUGAGAAAAUACAACAGAAACCUAGGGCAGAGGAAGAAGGUAAAAGCAAAGUCAGAGAGCCCUCAGUUGUAAAAAUAAUAACUGAAAAGAAAAGUUGUAGCUUACCAAGCAGCCCUCAAAGAACAGUGCAGUCUAGUAUGAGUGAUAGUAAAAUCACACAACAAACUAAGACCAGUGAGUCUGCACCGUCUUCUCCCUCCCACGUAAAAUCAACAUCCAACGUCAGUUCUGUGAGGAUGAAAUUUGAAUCUGACGCUCAGAAACAAAGUCAGUCUAGUCCGAGAAAAAUUCCUCCUCCGGUGCAGCCGAAACCUUCAGUUAAAAAACUACAGGAGAGCAAACUUCCCGUUUUACAGUUUUUUGCAGGAGGAAAAGCGUCAAAUGUGUCUGAAAAAUCAGAAGAGGAUAGCAUGAAAAAUGAUGUUGAAAAGGACAAAUGUGCUACAUUAGAUAGGAGUAAACCUUCUCUAACGCCCACACCUCAAGUCCCAAAACAUACAGGAGACAAACCUUCAAAUAACAGAAUCCCAGAGGCUUCUAUCCAAAGACAAACUAGUGAAGUUGAGUUUCACAAAGCAACUACUAAAGCGAGAGAGAUUCAUUCCAGUGUUUCUCAGGAAAUUAAAGAAAGCAAUAAAGGUCAGAAAGUUCAGACACCUAUUGUUCAUCCUGACAAACUUAUAGAUAGUAAUACUAAGAGAUAUCAACAAAUCACAAAAAGUGAGUCAGCAUCCAAAGAGUUAGUAGCUGAGCUUCCCAAAAAAGAUGGUGAGGAACCGUUAAACAAAAAUCUCAGAAAAAAGACAGAUUCUCAAAUUCCUGUGAGAAAAGCCUCCUCUACAGCAGAAAGUGACCUCGCAAAGAAACAGACCGUAACCAAACCCUCACAGAUACCGACAUUAGCGAAAAGCAAAGUGCAGAUGAGUCUUGAGACAACCCCGCAAAAGACAAAUGAAAAUCUAUCCAUCGAAAUUCUAGAUAAUGCACUCAGAGAUUCCAACUCCAAUAAUCUCACGAGCCCUAGAGAAACGCUGGAGAAUGUCCUCACUCCUCCAGCUGCGAUAACAACCAAAGAGAACUUCAAGGGUAUUAAAACGCUACCGGUGUACGUCAGUGUCCAGGUGGGCAGGCAAGCGGAGAGGGAGGCGAAAGGAGCACUGUACACUGUCAAACAGAAUUCAAACUCAGCCCUCAGCCCCAUAAGCCCAGAUGAUGACACGCUCGAACAGGUGUCGUUCAUAGACAGCUCAGGGAAAAGCCCCCUUACCCCCGAGACCCCCAGCUCUGAGGAAGUCAGCUAUGACCUCAUGACCAGGACCACUGAUGGCUUCAUGGGAUUCAUACCGGGGAAACCCAGCCCCAUCCUGGAGUUAUCUGAGGAAUCGGAGGGGGAUGAACAAAGCAACACUGUUUUCUCUUUUACAGAGGCCCUGCCAGAAAGGAAAGCUAGCACCAUAGCAGACCUGGCUAAUGCUAAUAAGCAAGAAAUGGAAAUGAAUGAUAACCGUCAGGAAUUAGCAAUACUGUUCAACCAGCAAGAAGCAAGCAAUGGUGGACAAUAUGAUAUAACUGGGCAGGAGCAUCAAGAAGUCUCAAAGGACAAAGGUAUUGCAUAUAUUGAGUUCCCUCCCCCUCCCCCUCUGGACUCAACUUCAGAAAUAUCAGACUCAGAGAGGAAAGGUUCCUGUGCCUCGUCGGAGGCUGAUUCAGAAAUGAUGGAGGUUAACUUACAAGAAGAACAUGACAAGCAUCUGCAUCUGACCGAACCCAUUAUACGAAUUGUACCCCCUUCCCCAGUCCCCCCCGGAUCAGAUGACAGUCAGUCAAAUGAUGAAGAUGAUAAGUCAAUCUACCAGACAAUUCCCUGUAGGAAAUUAGGUUUUAAGCAGGAGGACGAGGAGGCCAAGAAGAAGGAGAGCGAAUUGAAAUCUAAAAAACCCGACAAAAAUGGAAAUAGCAAAGAACUGAAUGGUGCGACCAAUGGCUCCAAUGGUUCUAAUGGCAAAGUAGAGGACGAUGAUUAUGAACAGAAUGGAAACGACCAAUCAAUAACAGACUGUUCAAUAGCCACAACAGCUGAAUUUUCUCAUGACACAGAUGCAACAGAGAUAGACUCCUUAGACGGAUAUGAACUUCAGGAUGAGGACGACGGCCUCUGUGAGCAGGCGGAUCUACGGCUGUUUGGUCUUCCCGACAGCCGGAGAGAUGUGUGGGCGACAGACACAUUUAGGUCCUCGGACCGCUGUUUCCCCCAGUCCAAACUGGAAGUUAUUGAGGAGGAGAAAACCCCAGAAGAAUGUCCAAAGGAUGCUUGCCCAAAAGAUACCCCCUUAAAUGGAGGAAAUCCUGAUGAGUUUACUAACGGUGGGGUUAAAGGUCAGGAACUAAAACCCUCAGAUAAAGAGGGGUUUUCAGACACUUACUUUAGUUAUAAGUUAGAGGAGGAAUUUAACUCUCCUUUUAAGACUGUUGCCACCAAGGGGCUGGACUUUGACCCCUGGCCCAGUAAAGGUGGAGCGGAGGAAGUCGUUGACAUGGGAGAGACACGGGAUAGCAGUGGUGAGCCUAAGCCUUUUGGACUAGCAGUGGAUGAACAGUCUCAGGCCACCACACCCGACACUACCCCGGCCCGAACGCCGACGGACGAUAGCACACCGACGAGCGAGCCGAAUCCAUUCCCCUUCCAUGAAGGGAAGAUGUUUGAGAUGACACGCAGUGGUGCAAUUGACAUGAGCAAGAGGGACAUGGUGGAAGAGAGGCUGCAGUUUUUUCAGAUUGGCCCUCAGAGUCCCUGUGAGAGGACAGACCUCCGCAUGGCCAUCGUGGCCGACCACCUCGGACUCAGCUGGACCGAGCUGGCCAGGGAGAUGGAAUUCCCUGUGGAUGAAAUCAACUUCAUCCGAGUGGAAAACCCCAAUUCCCUCACAGCGCAGAGUUUCAUGCUCCUAAAGAAAUGGGUGCACAGGGAUGGUAAAAAUGCCACAACGGACGCUUUAACUGCGGUGCUGACUAAGAUCAAUCGGUUGGAUAUUGUGACUUUGCUGGAAGGGCCCAUAUUUGACUACGGUAACAUUUCAGGCACACGCUGCUUUGCCGAUGAUAACGCAGUAUUCCCGGAUCAGUCCGAUGGGUACCACAAUAUAGAUCUGGAGCUGCAAACCCCCACAGACCUGAACUACCAGCCCCCCACCCCGCUGCGCUCAGAAGGCUUCUUUAGCGAAGGCGAAUUUAGCGUAGACUCCCCUAGCAAGACCACGCUCACUAGACCUAGCGACCUCUCGCUCACACAGACCACCAGUACCUCCAGCAGCACCCCCCCGACCGUCGCCCAGGGCCCUGACCCCUGUGCCCCGGAGCCCCCCAUCGUUGGGGCAGAAGACACCAGCCUGACCGCCGGAGAAAGAGAGGAAGAGACGACGGGAGUGGCUUCUUAUGGUAAUGACAGAAGAACAGUAGAGAAAUCAGGAAACGGGACGGAGGCCGGGCGAGAUGUUGCUUUGGAGGAACGCCAAGAAGCAGGCGCUGCCUCCGACUCUCUGUUCGGAAACGGACGGCAGGAUGAAGAGGAAGAAGAGGAGGAGGAGAUGACCCAGGAGAGGCUGCAGAGUCUGCUGGAGGACAUCAAGCUGGAGGGAGGCCUGGAGGACGAGGAGAUGACGGAGGAGAGGGUGAACGCCAUCCUGGAACAAGUGCGGCAAGCAGAAAAAGUAGUGUGUUCAGUUCCAGGUUGGAGAGGAGAGACGUCCGACGCAGCCGCAGAGGCAUCAGCACAGCACGGCGCCAUGGGCGGGAGCCCUGACAGUCUGGCAGAUUCACUGGAGGAGCCGGCGCCUCCUCCGACCUCCAGACAGAACGGAGGUCACAGUGACGUAGCUAAGGAGAAGGAGGCCAAGAGGAAGGAGGAGAGCAGCACCGCGGGACCAAGCAGAGGACGGGACGAGGCCGGAGACAGGUCCCAGCACAAAGUCCAGGGGAGAGUCAGAGCUGAGGAGUCCAGCUCUGACGAGGAGACCACUGUCACCACCCGGGUGUUCCGCAGACGGGUCAUCCUCAAGGGAGAGGAGGCCAGAAACAUUCCUGGAGAGUCUGUGACGGAGGAGAAGUUCACAGAUGAAGACGGGAAUCUGGUCACCAGAAAAGUGAUAAGAAAGGUUGUGCGUCGUGUGGUCACCUCAGAGGAAAGAGAAGCCGCUGGUGAUGCUGGUGCUGGUGGUGUUGGUGCUACUGGUGGUGCUGGUGCUGGUGUAGCAACAGGUGGAGCAGACGCUGCUUCUCCUUCUCCUGGCGCAGGAGCCUCCGGGGGGAAGGGCAAGAAGAGAGGGAAGCGCUCCAGACAGGGCCACAAGGCGGAGAGGUCUGGAGAGGAGGCGCAGAGAGGGAAACCCGAGUCUGGAAACGGCGGCAACAAGAAACAAGGGAAGAAGAGUCAGUCCUAACGGCGGAGCUCUGAACUGAACCUGGUCCUCGGACGUCCACCUGCGACGCCACACUCGCCCUUCGGAGGAGAAACGGACUCGAGUCCCUGAAAAAACAAAGACGACGCCUUGUCAAUCAGCCAAACCACGUGUCUGACGCUUCCCCUCCACAACGCAUGGUCUCCUUCCACGAGACGACGCAAAAACAAGUUUCUUUCCUUUUGAUUUCGCAUGAGCAUGUCACCAAACUCACUCACUCACCGUCCCGGAGGCGACGCCACCGAAGGACACGCACGCCGGACGUGAGCUGGAACUUUCUUUCGUCUUUCACGAAACGAACGCGAAUCGUCUGCGGCCAAAGACGACGUCGACGGGGAAGAAAACUAAAAGAACAGGAAGACGUGCGAUUCUCUCUCUCUCUCUCUCUCUAUUUCUCUCAGACACUCGCCUUAUAUGGUCUAUUUUCUCCUCCUGGACCCCCCCGUGUUGGGCUGUACCACGUUGUUCUUUUAAAAAAAUUUAAAAAAAAGAAAUAUAAUAGUAAAUGGGGAGGGGGGGGAUUUUCUUGUAUAUAAAUGACACUGUAUAAAAAUCUUUUAAAAAAAAAGAAAAUCAGUAGCUUCACAGAUUGUUUAUGCACUGAUUUGAGUUGAAGCUUGGCAGAGUGGAUGCGUUUGUACCUGACGUGCUCGUCCCGAAGGAAACCGGUAAACAAAACUCUAUGGGAAACAAAUGGGACAACAACAAAAAAAAACCUGCUUGAUUUCAAACGGACGUUUCUUUAACAGCUUCUCCCGCUGCGUCUGUGGAACAUGGUCGUCGGACAAAUGAUGAUGUUGCUGCAUGUGACGUCGGGUUACUUUAACGCUUUUACUUUAGUUUCUGCCCUAAUUCAAAGCACUGUCAUAGGAUCUGGUAAUUCUGUCACAAUAACUCAACCACCUGUCAUCUAUUACUGUUUUUAUUUUUUUAUAACACACACACACACACUCCGCACCCAAGCAGCAAGAUAACAAAGCUUCAUUUUUACGCUUCAGCAAGUUACGGAGUGUCCCUGAACGUAACCUGCACUCCAACCCCCCCGCAGCCCCGCAGCCCCGUGUGUGUGACAUUUAAUAAAACCUCUUCCUGUAUCUCGUCUAUCACACUAGAAGUGAGUGUCGGCUUUUACGUCUGCUGUGGUUUUUUAACAAGGGGACUGUUUUAUUUUGACGGUUUGAUGAUUUCUAUCUUUAUUUCAUUUUACACUAGAACAGAGGAUUGUGUUUUUUAGCCCCGUCACUCGCAGCUGAUCCUUUUUAUUAACGACUAAAAUCACCACAAAAUAAAUCAGUGUUGAUCAAACAUUUAAAAUAUCGGAUUUUCUGUUCUUGUGUAAAUCUGUUUUAUUUUAUUUUUCAUACGAAGCCACCGUAAGAAUCCAUUGUUGAUGAUAAAUCUGGUACCGACAUGUAUGAUGAACCGACAUAGCUUACACUGGAUGAUCCAAGUAAUUAUUUAAGCAGAAAAAUAAAUUGUGUUUAAACUACAA